AUGUGUUCUGAUUUUAAUCUCAAACAUCAGAGUUCUCUUAAAAGAACCUUCCACGUGGAGCAUUUUGUUGUUAACUGUUCUGUUGAUUUAAAUGACGUCGCUCUCCGUGUGGAUUUUACAGCUAUGCAAUUAACAACCGUGGAGCAUUCAUUUCUGUUCAUCUUUGCUCUGUUGACGUAUUGCAAGUUGGAGUUGUCGGUGUUCUUCCGGAACAACCUCGAGCUUCACUGGAUAAUUGUCUUUUCUCCGUUAUUUGCUUUAUCUAUUGCUUCAAUUGGCCUGGUAGUGUGGGCGAUGCGAAGAGAUAAGU